ACUGCGCCUCUGUAUUUUGAAGACUCCUCCCAGACUGUAUCGAGGGUGGAGCAGUUCCUGGGUUCCGAUUCGAGAGUGCUCCAAGGGCUGGUGGGAAUCAUGCCUCCAAUAUCAUCAGCUUGAAUGUGCAGCAGUGCUUCAUGGGAUUUAUAGUCCAUUUCUCCCAGGAAUCCAUGGGACCUGCAGUCUGGUUCUGCCUUCCUCUUCCUAUCCUCCCCACCCUGACUCCACCCUCGCCCCCCACGCCUGCAGUGACCAUGCUCUGCCUGCCAAACCCACUCUCCCCUUGCAGCCUGCCAGUUUUCUCCAUCCAAGACAGCCCGUUUGGGGACACUCCCCUGGGUUGAAGCCACUACUGGCCUUCCCAAAGCCAGACCUGGCACCUCAAGACCCGGAGCCCAUCCAGGACCCAGAGAUCCAGGCUCCCAGAAGCUCCCAAAACUCUGGCCACAGGUCCCAACUCUCCUGAGCUGUUUGAGGAGUUCUGGCCAUCCAGCUCAGGGACCCCUUCCCCACCCAGCAGCACUGAGGGACAAAUUGGAGCCUCCCCACCAUGCACCCUGACUGAGAGUGGGGACUCCGUGGUGGCCAAGUACAUACACCGGUUCCGUCAGGCUCAGCCCACGAGCCGGGAGGAACGAGAGACUGCAGGCCCAGCCCCAGCUGACUUUUGGUGGCUGCGGCCUGAAUCUCCAGACCCCAGCAGUCAGCUUGCAACAGCAGGAGCCAGUGAACCAGAAGGAAGACUCAACACAGCAGUCCCAACUCUUGCCAAGAUGGCCAGCGCAUCAGAGGCUAAGGCUAUGGCCCCCCUUGAGGAAAUAAAGCAGAGCCUUAACACAUGGAACUCAUCCCUGCUGGACCUGGAGACGCUGAGCCUGCAAAGCAGAGCUGCCAGGCUGCUCCAGCGCAGCAAGGCCUCUGUCUCCUCCUCCUCCUCCUCCUCCGUCAGCCCCAGUGAUGCCAGCAGCUCCUCACUCCCCGUCAGCUCUGAUGGCCUCUCGCCCUUCUCCAUGGCCUUCAUCCCUGACUCCAGCAAGGGCUCUGACCCCAGGGCACAUGCAACUCCAGCACCUAUCCCUGCUCCAGCCCCAGUCUCCUCCCAGGCACCCCUGCGGCCAGAGGAUGACAUUCUGUACCAGUGGCGGCAGCAGCGGAAGCUUGAACAGGCUCGAAGAGGUCAGGGUGACGGAACCUGGGUGCUGCCCCGGACCCCUGCCCUCACUACUCCGGUCCCUGUCCCCAUCAGCCUACAGACCUCUCCUGCCCCUGCAGAGACCCCUGGUUCCCUGGGAACCCAGCCUCACUGCGUCCCACUUUGGGGCAAUGUUGCCCGGCCUGGUCCCCCGGAGGCCUUCUAUUUAGAAAGGCCUCCUAUUCCCCCAGGGUUCUCUCCACACAUCUUUUGGGGCCCCAGCCCCCCUGGGUUCUUCUGGGCCCCGCAGUCCGGUCCCUGGGUAUCUCUUGGGGCCAUUCCCCCUACGCCUCCCGCCUCCACCCCGGCGCCCCAGGUCUCCACCCUCGCGCCUCCCGCCUCCACCCCCGGACCCCCCUCCUCCAGCCCCGCGACCCCGGUCUCCACCCUCGCGCCUCCCGCCUCCACCCCCGCGCCCCCAGCCGCCCCCCAGGGCCCGCCCAUCCCUGUGCUAAGCAGCCCCGCCCAGCCCGAGAGGCAGGGCCCCAAGCCUCGGAGAAGCAGAGCCCCGCGCCGGGACACUGCUGGCCGAGACACGGCCGGGGACGAGGGGCCCGGCCCGCAGCUCAGAGGCGCCCUGGGCCAGGUGGUAACUGCUCGGCUGUUUCCGGACGGCCUGGAGGACACGCCCCCUCACCUCGAGAGCCCGCCUCCACGCGAGACGCCGUCUGCGAAAGUCAAGGCCACACACCCCCAGACCAAGGUUUCGCCCCCUCCCUCGGAGGUCCCGCCCCCUCCGUCUGAACCACGGUUUCUGCAGGCAGAGACCCCGCCGGGUCAGUAUAAGGCCAAGUCUCGGAAUACCAAGGCCACGCCGCCCCCAGUGGGGUCGGUGCUUUGCAAGGACAAACACAGUCCCUCGGCUGAAGCCGGGCGUCUGCAGCCCAGAGUCCCGCCCCCUCCGGCUGAGGAGCUGUCCUCGUGCGCCAGGGCCCCGCCCCCUUCGUUCAAGGCGGGGUCUCUCGAGGCUGUGGCCACGCCCUCCUCCUCUGCUGACCACGCCCCCUCAGAGGACCUGCUCUCGCAGGCCGCCAGACUUCUGGAGGCUGCCGAAGACUCCGACGGCAGCGAGUUCCAGGACGACCCUGUACUGCAGGUGCUAAGGGUUCAGAGGGCAGAGCUGCAGCGGCAGAAAAGGAAAGUGGAAGCCCAAUUAUCCCGCCUGCUGGACCACACUGAAGACCCAGGGUCUUGAUCUCCUCCAGAGAUGGCCCCCAGGUCCCCAAGGACUCAGCUGCCCAGGGAAGGAGCCUCUUUUGAGGCCGGACAACUUUGAAUUGUACAAAGUCUCUUUUUCCCAAUAAAAAAUUUUAUUUUUCAUGGGACCA